UUGUGUAUUUGUUUGUUUAAUAUCUUAUUAUUCUAAUGAUGCCUUGCUGCCUGUGCAACCGCCUUCCCCUCUCCUUCUCUCUCUCUCUGGUAUUAUAAAAAUUAAAGUUCAGAACAGCUCACAAAUCACAAUGUCCUCAAUUACACUAAACAAAGCUCAGCUUGCAAAAGAUAAGUUUUAAAUGCUCAACAACUGCCUUUAACUCUUUCAGUCUUUUGUCUCUUAAGACAAACCAAACCAAACCAACUUCAACUUUGUUCUUCUCUCUUCUUUCUGUUCAUUUCACUACUUCUCAGAUCUCUCUGGCUUCAAAAAAACAAACAUGAAUAAGCAAGAUUUCAUGAAGUUACAGUCCUGUGUUCUCAGAGUGAACAUACACUGUGAUGGCUGCAGAAAGAAAGUGAAGAAACUUUUGCAGAAAAUUGAUGGUGUUUAUUCUACAAGCAUAGAUGCAGAGCAAGGGAGGGUGGUAGUAACAGGCAAUGUUGACCCAGCCAUUCUCAUCAGGAAGCUUGAGAAAUCAGGGAAACAUGCAGAGUUAUGGGGGCCUCAAAAAGGUUCAAACAACUACCAAAAUCUUCUCAACAACCAGUUCAAAAAUAUGCAUUUUGAGAAUGGGAAGGGUGGUAAAGACAACAAAUCUCAAAAGGGUGGUGGGAAUAAUAACCAACCAAAAGGUGGCCAUCAACAACAACAAAUUAUGCAGCAAUUCAAAGGGUCUAAGGAUAUGAAGAUGAUGCCCCACAAGGAUAAAAAAUCUGUCAAGUUUCACUUGCCUGAGGAUGAGUUUGAUGAUGAGGAUUUUGAUGACGAGCUUGAUUAUGAUGAUGAAGAUUUUGAUGAUGAGUUUGAUGAUGAUGAAGAGUUUGAUGAGGAGGAGGAGUUUGGCCAUGGCCAUGGCCAUGCUCACCAUGGCCAUAAUGGUCAAAACUUUCCUAACAAGAUGAUGCCCAUCAUGAAUAAUGGUCAUGGUGGGAAACAUGGGCCUCAUGUGAUGAUGAAUAAUGGGGCUGUCAUGAAUAUGAAACAAGGUGGUGGUAAUAAUGGUAAUGGAGGAAAUGGUAAAAAAGGAGGAGUUAUUGAUAUACCAAUUGUAAUGAUGGGAGACAAAGAUGGUAAAGGAGACAAAGGAGGAAAGAAGGGAAGCAAAGAGAGCAACAAAGGAGGGAAGCAAAGUAAAGAAGGUAAAGAUAAAAUUGAUGGUAAAAAAAAAAGCGGUGGUGGAUUUCUAGGGUUUGGUAAAAAGAAAGGGGGUGAAGAUAAAAAGAGUGGUAAAAAUAGUAGUGGUGGUGGUGGGUUAUUAGGGUUUGGCAAGAAGGAUAAAGAUGAGAAAGAUGGUAAAGGUAGUAACAAGAGUGGCAAGAAUGGUGGUGGUGGAAACAAUAAUGGCAAUGGGCCCAAAAAAGGUGGGGGUAAAAAUGAUGGAUUCCAUGAUAUGAAGAAAAUGAAGAAUGAUUUCCAUGAUUUUGAUGUCACUAGUCAUGGCAAGGGUGGUAAAGGAAAUGGAGGAAAUGGUCAUGGUGGUGGCCAUGGCGGUGGUGGGGGUAAGAAUGUGGGUCAGAUGGGUCAAAUGGGACAAAUGGGCCAGAUGGGCCAGAUGGGUCAAAUGGGUAACCAUCCAAUGGCCCAGAUGGGUAACCAUCCAAUGGCCCAGAUGGGUAACUAUCCAAUGGGGCAAAUGGGAAAUUACCCAAUGGGUCAGAUGGGUAAUAUUCCAGCAGUGCAAGGACUACCAGCAGCAGCAGCAGCAGCCGCAGCCGCAGCAGCAAUGAAUGGUGGAUAUUAUCAUCAAGCGAUGGGGCCGGGGAACCCUUACAAUCAACAAUAUAUGGCAAUGAUGAUGAAUCAACAGAGGAUGAACGGUGGCAAUGAGAUGUACCAACCAAUGAUGUAUGCAAGGCCUCAUCCAGCUGUUAACUAUGGACCCCCACCACCAUCAAUGAACCCUCAUGUAACUGAUAAUUACACUCACUUCUUCAGUGAUGAGAAUGCUAAUAGUUGUAGUAUCAUGUAAAAUUAUUUAGAAAUAGUUUUAAUCUUGUUAUUGGGUUUUUGGUUAAUUCUCUUGUGUUUGUGUACUUUUGUAGUAUCACUCAUAAAACAAGGGUGCAAGGUUUAAGAAAUAUACAAUAUUUGCCCGUAAUGGGUAUUUUUUGUUUCA